GCUUAUUAUUAUUAUUAUUAUUAUUAUUAUGUAUAUAUAGACAUAGUAUCUAGGCACAAUUUAAACAUGUCUGAAAUCGAGUUUAAAAUUCAAACACUUUCUAAAGAAUUUAUACAGUUAGAAGAUGAAUUAGAUCGUUAUAAACAAGCAUCUCAAGAAAAAAGCAUAAAAUACAUGGAAGAAUUAAAUAAGCCUCAGAAAUCAACUAUAGAUAUAACUCAUGACACUAUGAUACAUGUUAAAAAUUGUUUGGAAGAUAUUAAUAAUCGACUAGGAAAUCAUUCAUUAUCUGAAAUAACAACAAACGAUAAGAGUCAAUCCUUGGAUCAAAAUGAUCGAUUUGAUUAUAUGAGACAAAAUUCUUUAGACAAUCGAAGUUAUAGUUAUCAAAAUGGACCUUAUACGAAUGGAAAAACACAAUUUCCCGGGAAAAGAACACCAACACCACCAUCAUCGUCAUUAAAAAGAAAAUUAACAAGAUCACCAAGCCCUGCACCUAGUCAAUACAAGAGAGCAUCUUCGCCCAGAGUUCCUUUUGAGGAAUUUAAAGGAUUAAGAAGUAGUACUCCAACUAGUAUAGAAAAUAAACCAUCUCUACGCAGAGCAUCGCAACAGUCUUUAUUAUCAAUAAAAUCAUCUACUAGUAAUAGUUUAUCACAAAUUGAGUAUUGUUGUACACUUCGUAAUAAUAUACAUACCAUAAUGACACGCUCACAAUCAAUGAGUGACUAUUACAUAUUACCAGCUUUAACCUUUUCAUUUGAUGAAGAUUCAACAAAUGAAGCAUAUAUAUCCACAGACAAUAAUGAAAUGAUUGAAAAUAAGAUUCAAAUAAGUCCUGACCAUCUUUCUCAGCAGCCAUUAUUCUAUAAAAAAAGUUCUAUAGAUAGUCACACAACGAUACCCAUUCAGACACCUACUGAUCAAAAUGAAGGAAAGAUGCUUGAAGAUGUAGAAAUAAAUAAAUCAAUAAAAGUGAAUAAAAAUGAUAUACAAGAACAAUUGAUGACUACUAAAACAAGCAAUAAUAAAGAAGGAGAAAGAGAUAAGCAUAUUCCCGAAAUUAAUGUAGACAGGCAACCUCUGCGUAGAAUCUCUUCUACUGAAAUAGCAAUCAAUGAGCCUACAAAAGAAGAAAAUCAGUUACCUUUAUCUUUUCAAAAACCUGUUUCAAAUGAAACAUCGCCAGCUCAUUCACCUACUACGAUUGACUGGGCAUCUGUAGGUUCUAUUGAGGAUGAAAGACCUCCUGAUUAUUUUGAUGCAGGUUUAAUUACUCCAUUUAGAAGAUAAACUAAAGAAAUAAAUAAAUAAAUUUUCUUUUAUAGUUGAUACAUAA